AUGCCGUUGUCUUAUGAGCGGUAUAUGAACCUGGUGUUCCACCUGGAUUCUGCAAAAGAGCCGGUCCCGCAAGAAAUCUCACGAAAAAUCGUCUCCGGGGCUAUAUCACCUGUGGUCACUGUGACAUCAAAUGAGGUCUUGGACCAACACAUACAAGAGCGUUUUGAUCUCGACAGUCUCUACAUGCUGCUGCGACACUUUGGGGACUGUAUUUCGGAUCGAGCACAGGCCGAUAAUGACAACGAUCCGGUGAGCCAACCAGAAGAAACGCAAGACGCGGACUCUUUGUUGAAGCCAAACGUGAAGACAAGAGCUCGCAGUCGCUCAAAUAGCCUAUUUCAACGCUCUUCUUCGCAGUUUCUGCGAUUCACAAGACCACUUACAGACCUCAUCGGCACUCGAGAAUCACACGACUUACUCUUCGACUACCACUCUCUCGAGGUUUUUCUACAGCACUAUUUGAAAUUGAUCGAGCAGAAAACAACGACGGGGACUCCUCAUGUUCUACUGCAACACUCUCUAUAUCACAAAUUUUUCACAACUGCAAUAUCCUCCACCACCCACUUAUCACCUUACGAAUCUUUUAACCACCCAAUAGCAUCCCUGUUAGCUUUAGAUGUAUCUAAAGGUCAAGACUAUGAAACCGCACGAGAACUAUUGGUCACAUUCAAAAACAUGCAUAAUAGCACGCCUCAUUUUCCAGCUUUCAUCAACAUAAAUGAUGUCCUGCCCGUAUUUUUACUAUGCUAUAAGGAAGAUUCCCGCGAGCAAUUCGAGGCGUGUCAAACUCUGGUCAAAAUGCUCAAAAAGCAGCUUUUCGUCGAAAGCCUUCUGUUGCCCAUCUGGAAUGACAACGAGGAAGCUCCCAAAAGCCGACUACACCAGCCUGUUAUGUCUUCGCUCGAAGAAACGAUGCUAUCAACAAUGAGCAACCGGCAUUUUGAACUUCCUCUCCCUCUCAUUGAAAGCAUUUAUGAUCAACUGUCAACCUUAUCGCAUAAAUUAAUAAUACCCUUCAUGAAGCGUAAGAUAUCGUUCUGGGAAGAAACAAUACUGCAGCCUCGGAAGUCCAUUUUCCCUAACUCAAAGUUUUUUCGGAGGCUCAUGGCCAAGAACCCAGCACCGACAGCGAACAAUGAUUCUGCCACUCAUAAUCUUCAGGGACUGGCUUACUUUGCUGCUACCUCGAAUGAAUUCUUGUUGAGAAAACUAGCAGAUUGGUCAUUCAUGCUAUCAGACUUUAAGACUGCAUAUUCCACUUAUGAAUUAGUUUCCAAAGAUUUUGAAGCCAAUCCUGAGUACCUGGCUCCUUGUUUAGAAUGGUGUGCACUGUCGGUACUCAUGGGCGCUCAGAGCAUAGUCACCGUGAAAAUGAUCAAAAACGACAUUGAUCCACUGAUCACUAGAGCACUGAAAUCCUACGAGCUUUCAGCGAACCGAGCCAAGGAAAAAAAUGCAUUUCUUACCAAAAAUCGCAAUCCUAGUAACGACAGUUCUACACUAUCCAAGAACGGGCCGACCACUCAGGGUGAUUUUCCUUCUGAAGACUUUGCUGUCUCCACACCACAUCAGUCAGCUCAAAGCUACGAGACUAGAUGUAUGCUUUUGGCCGCAGAGCUCUUUUUAAGUCUAAGUGAUACUUGGACCGCAACGCCCUAUGCCAUUAAGUAUUUAGAAACGAUUCUGGACGAUUGCACUGUGGGUUCGUUAUCGGAAGUGGUCAUUUGGGAAAGACUAGCGCAUUGUUAUGCAUUAAGAAUUGACCCCAGGAUAAAAAGUAAGAUAACCUCGAUGGAAACGCGCGGUGUUGAUGAUUCAGAGAAGGCUAAUGAAGAGGCAGAUAUUUCCGACGUGGAGUCUGACGAUGAUAGCCAGCCUUAUAAACACAAGAUUGAACAAGAUUGUAUCGCCUCCAUUGGACUUACCAGAAGACGCAAAUCGAAUUUAUUUCGAUUGAUCGCUGCGAAAAAAUGGGCUGAGGCCAAGCAAUGGCGACAGGCUGCUUGGACUUACAACGAUGUGAAAGUCAUGUACUCCGACGCGAAAUUUGCACAUAGACAGAACUCAAUAUUGGAGCGCCUGCGAAAUGAUAUCCAAAGUCAUGAGCCAUAA